AGUUAGCGUCAGCCAUUACUUGUCAACGAGUCGUGGCCGUGGACUGUCUGCCGGUUUUAUCUCAUCAACGCCUCACACCAUAUUCCAACCAUGAGUGCCAAAUUGUUAGAGUACCGGGAAGCCAUAGAACGUCAAUUGAGCGAUAAAAGCAAGCCAUGGACCAAAACUUUCGAGCAACUGGAAUCGAAAACCGGCGUGAACAGACUGUACCUUUUCGUCGGUCUGGUGGCGUUCACCGGUUUAUAUUUAGUGUUUGGAUUCGGCGCUGAGCUGAUAUGCAACUCGAUUGGUUUCGUGUACCCUGCCUACAUGUCCAUGAGGGCUCUGGAGUCGCCUUCGAAGGAUGACGACACAAAGUGGCUGACAUACUGGGUGGUGUACGCGUGCUUCUCGGUCGUGGAAUACUUUUCCGAUUUCAUCGUGGGAUGGUUCCCGCUCUAUUGGUUGAUAAAGUGCAUCUUCAUCAUAUGGUGCUACCUGCCCGGGGACCUGAACGGCUCGCUCAUCCUCUACCACCGCAUCAUCCGCCCCUACUACCAGAAGCACCACUCACAGAUCGACGCCGCUGCCAGCGCAGAACUUGAGGACAUUGUCAGGAACCUAAACAAAAACAUGGGCAAAACUUUAGACUCGUUCAGCAAAAAGUUGCAAAAUCUACAUGCCGACUAAGCGCAAGGUAAAAAGGAUUAAAGCAGUAAAGUUCAUACAAAAUUUAAUGCUAGCCGCGUCGUCAAGGAUGCCGUCGGGAAGACCAACUAACCGAUAAAAACAAUCUCGGGAGCAAAAAGUACAAAAAACACGCACCCACUUUAUUGCCGAGCUUGCAGCACAAUCACGCCAUUUAUCCAAAUAUGUGUAAAGCACAGUACCUGUCAAAUUAAUUAUUAUUAUUGACAGACGCCGUCAGCUGUGCAAAAAUAUUCUUAAAAUAUAUUUCUGUAUAGGUGCUUUUUUGAUUAACUCGGCAAAAAUGCUGCCACUGGCCAAAUAAGGGUCAAUUUCAUCAGUAAGUUGACGAUCACGGCUUCGAAAAAAAAAAGAAAAACACCUAGUUUUGACCUAAAAGUAUUGUAACUUCUGUUAUCCGAUUUGACUAUGCAAUGGUAAUUGGUUUAUUUUCCAUUUUGUUAAGGAAACCGUGUAAUGUAAAGUAGUUAAGGAUUUUUUACGAUCGUAACUUUCUUCUAUUAUGUAACUUUUAUUUAGUACCUAAUAAAAUCUUUAGUUGAAUCUUUUCUUUUUGCCUGUAAGAUCUUGAUGGAGACGUUAAUGUUAAUCAAGGGCAUAUUUUUUAUCGUUUCUAGAUCUCUUAGUGGAAUUGAUUAAGUUUCCUGUUGUAUACGCAUUACAUUUUUGCUCAAGGAAUGUUAGUAGAGAACAAAUUUAUCUUUGGUUACAAGAUGUUUUUAGGUAAGGGUGGUAUUCCAUCUGUCGAAUUUUUGAUCAAAUUUGUAUUUGCGUCUCACAUUUUGCUUAAUGAGAGAGUGAUCAAAAGUUGGACAGGUGGAAUACCACCCUUAUGCAAAUUUCCACAUUUGACAGGCAAACUAUACAAAACCAUUUUUUUAUAUUUUGUAUAAAAAUUUAUAGCAAGCAUUUACAUUAUAUUGUUAUGCUAGUUCGAAGUUAGCUUUGGAGUUAUAUUAUGCCAUAAAUGUUAUAAAAGUUAACAGUUUUUCACAUCAAAUACCAUGGUAGUGUGCCUUUGAUGAUUUGGCUGUCAAAAUGUAAUUUUAUUGUAAUGCACUUGGAGCGAGGAGUUUUAGUCCUGUCAUUUUUCACGUAAUAAAACCGAGUUCAUUUAUAAA